AUGUCACUCCUAAAUGUCACCAGCCUUACUCCAGCUUCAUUCAUUUUAAAUGGCAUCCCUGGUCUGGAAGAGGUGCAUUUGUGGAUCUCCUUCCCCCUGUGUGCCAUGUACAGCAUUGCCCUUACAGGGAACUUUGGCCUUAUGUACCUCAUCUACUCUGAAGAGGCCUUGCACAGACCUAUGUACAUCUUCUUAGCCCUUCUUUCCUUCACAGAUGUGCUCAUGUGCACCAGCACCCUUCCCAACACUCUCUGCAUACUGUGGUUCAACCUCAAGGAGAUUGAUUUUAAGGCCUACCUGGCCCAGAUGUUCUUUGUGCACACCUUCACAAAAAUGGAGUCUGGGGUGCUCAUGUUCAUGGCACUGGACCGCUACAUGGCCAUCUGCUAUCCCCUGCGCUAUGCCACCAUCCUCACCAAUGUGGUGAUUGCUAAAGCCAGGCUGCUCACUUUUCUUAGGGGCGUGAUGAUUGUUAUUCCUUUCUCUUUCCUCACCAAGCGCCUGCCAUACUGCAGGGGCAAUAUCAUCCCCCAUACCUGGAUGGUAAGUACAGGGUUUAUUAACUUGGUGGCAUUUCAUGAAGCUGUUACCUAG